AUGGAUGAAAUAAAAGAGCAUUUUUCAAGGAUUUUAGAUAUUGAUUGCAGCUCAUCCAUCUCAUCUGUAGUUUUAAGUAAAUUUUAUGCAUUUGUUGGACUAAUAGGCGAAGAGUCAAAUGUGAAUGUAUAUGGUUAUAAAGAUCUUGAACAAGACAAAUGCAAGAGUAUAGCACCUAAAUAUAUAUUAGAAAAUAAUCAUGGUGGUAUUUCUAAAUUAGUAUUGUCUCCUUGCAAGAAUUUAUUGAUGGGAUUAACAUGCUAUGGAUGGAUAUAUAUUUGGAAUAUUCAGAAGUUAAACAAUGUUAAUAAAGAUAUUGAAAUGAGUACCGAACAAGUCGAUAAUACAUACAAAGUGGAGAAUAAUAAGAACUAUUCAGCUGGGGAAAUUACAGUAAUUAAGCCAGACAUAUUUUUCAUGAAUGGCCAUCCAGGAGAUUCAAUUUGUGUUGAAUUUAUUAACUCAAACUUAAUAGUAGCAGCUGGGAUAAAUCCAGGAUCAAGUAUUACUUUUUUAUCAGUAAAGACCGGGAAAAGAAUUGGCCAGUACAUUUCUAGAAAGAAUGAAAUCUCUGGCUUAGCAUGGCCAAUGUACUAUAAAAUGGACGAGAAAGAAAUUAAAGAGCAAAACUUUGAGCUUGCAGUAUUUUCUUUCACAAGCAUUGCAAUAGAAAGAUCAAGCUCUGGGGGUGGAUUUUGGGUUGCUAUUGGUGGUUCUAAUGGGUUAAUUACUUUAAUAUACCUGCCACAUGCAACAAUUACAAAGAUUGAAAAAUUGUCUGAAACCAAUAAUAUUGAAAAUGAAGAAAUUAAUUUAACAAGUACAGAUUUCCUUUGGAAAUGCCACCAAGUUAGUGAGUUAUCUACAGAAAUUAAAUCACUAGUCUGGAGGCCUCGUAAUAGUAAUAGUACUGGAUUAUGUCUUGUAUGUGGUACUGAUGAUUCAUUAUUACGUUAUUGUUUUAUUGAUACUGAAAAUAAAAAUAUUUUAGUUAAAAAAAUAAAUUUAGUAAAAAUAACAGAUGGUACUUCAACUUGUAGUGAGAUUAAUUCUAUUGCCUUUCCAAUUGAUGGACAAAAUAAUUCUAUGGUGGCUGUAGGAUUUAAUAGAUUUUCCUCAGCAAAAAGACAUCCAAUUUUUGUUACUUCAGAAAAUUUGACCAAAAAAUCCCAAUCAUUUUCUUCAUUCAAAGUUUAUAUUCAAGAUGUUGUUAAAUGCUCAAAUAGUAAUAUUAAUAACAGUACUGGUAAUGGUAGUAACGGAACAUCUACAUAUACUCAUUUCUACUGCAUAGGAAAUCAUUAUGACAUCAUUACAAGUGUCUAUAUUAGCCCAUGCAGCAGAUAUAUAGCUUCAUCAUCCAUUGAUGGGCAUCUACAUAUAUAUAAAAAGUCAAAAGCUGAGUAA